AAGGACAGGGGCUCAGUCACUGGGAAAAUACGCACCGAAGUUGGGUCUUUCACGGGCUUUUCCCCCGGCUGAUCAUUUCCACAAAAAAGAAGACCGCUCCAUUGUUUCUUUUAUGAAUCUAGCAAAUUAUUCUUACUUCUCUGGCAUGUGCAACAUGACCGCUGAGACGCAACACUCGCCUGCCGAGGCGAGUCCUGUUGUCAUGUCUCCAAAUGUGAGCCUGGACUCGCCGCUGCCUCCGCCGCCUCUGAUGCUGCAGGCCCGGUCAAAGGACAACGUUCUGAUCAAGUCUGAGCCCCGGGGGAACAGCCCAAACGGGGAAGAUGGAGCCGCUCUGGGGCAGACUGAGGAGCACCUGCCCACCGGGAGCCGCCGGAGGAAGAGGCCCGUCCAGAGGGGGAAACCUCCCUAUAGUUACAUCGCUCUCAUCGCCAUGGCCAUUGCCAACUCUCCCGAGAGAAAGCUCACCCUGGGGGGCAUUUAUAAGUUCAUCAUGGAACGCUUUCCCUUCUACAGGGAGAACUCUAAGAAGUGGCAAAACUCCAUCCGUCACAACCUCACCCUCAACGACUGUUUUGUGAAGAUCCCCCGGGAGCCCGGCAGGCCAGGUAAGGGCAACUACUGGACUCUGGACCCCGCCGCUGAGGACAUGUUUGACAACGGGAGCUUCUUGAGGAGAAGGAAAAGAUUCAAGCGCACAGAUGUGAGCACCUACCCGGGCUACAUGCAAAGCUCCAGCGCGUUCACCCCAACCCCAAUGGGCAGGCCCUCAUAUCCCAACACCCUGUACGCUGGGAUAGGGUCUGGUUAUGGCUCUCAGCUGACUGCCACAUCCCCGCAUCCGGCCAUGCUGCAUCACUACCAGACCUCCGCCGGGGUCGGCCAAGGACAGCCGCGUAUGUUCAGCAUCGACAACAUCAUCAGCCAACAGACGGUGGUGCAGGGAGGCCCCGGCGGAGAGCUCAACUCCCAAGCACUGGGUCUGGGCAGUGGCGACCUGAGCACCAUGACCUCCAGCUGUUCAGUCACCGGCACCGACCCGUCUGCGUGCUUUCAGAGCCAGACUGUGAACCCCUCGGCGAACAUGCUGAGCAGAAACAGCGGGAACCUGUCAUCCAACUUGGCUGCCGGGUACCCGUACUCCUCUUCGGCCUCUCCUCCAAACCUGUCCACCAUGACCCAGUCCGGUUUCUCUCCGGGGAGCUCUCAAGUGUACUGCUCCGGCAACCGGCUGUCCCUGCCGGCCCUGCGCCCGGGUUCCUGCGCCGAGCACACGGAGCAGCUGCUGGGCCUCUCCAGCCCCAUGAACUCCUACAACAACACCUACAUGAGACAAGCCAACUUUGCAUCAGGGUUGGAGCGGUAUAUGUGA